AUGAAGAGAAAUGAAAUGAGACUAAAACAACAGUUAUGGAGCACCUUAAAUCUUUUCACCCACAACAACGACAUCAUCAUCAAACCUUUACUUUUAUAUCUCUUGCGUUCUUUCUCACAUUCAGAGAGGCUCAACAACAUUCAAGUAAGCAAACGAUUAAGCAAUUUGCGAUGUACAAUGUUUUAUAAGUGGCUUUGCUGCGAGGCUUUAUUUGCUAAACAUAAUAAAACUUCAGCAGAAAUUGAAAAUCACAUGAAGUGGAGCGAAAUAAAUCUCAUAUAG